AUGUCAAAGUUUCUUCAUACUGUCUCUGCUCUGCUCUGGACAAUCGGGUGGGCCCAUUCCAGAGACCUCACUGAAGCUAUCAUCAGUCGGGAUUUUAAAGAGUCUGGAUCGACUAACUUCGGCACAACCCACUAUAAGAUACUGUGUGGAAUGCCAAGUGGGACAUUGAUGUCCUCCACUAUGGGUUCCACAAAGGUGGACGGAUCACAGUCUGAAUCAUUCGACAUAGUGACGGUUGCGGUGCACGAGAUCGGGCAUGCGGUCGAUCUUGGUCACUCCAAUUUUCCUGGGGCUAUCAUGUAUUAUGACUAUGGUGAUCAUGGUGCUGUGAGGAGCGAUGACAUCAACAGAAUCAAACAUUUGUAUAGUCAGCCAUAG